GCCGGCAGCCGCGGGCAGCGGCGGCAGCGCCGUGCAGCGAUCGGGGGCCGAGCACUCCCCGAGCGAGCGGCGAUGAGGAGAGCCGCGUGGUGUGCAGCAGAGCCGCAGAGAGGGUUUGUGCUGAGCUUGGACUGAAAGCCCCUGGUGCUGGGGGAGGCACCCGCUUGAUGAGCGUUCCCAUCUGAUUUCUCCCCCGUGGCUGGCAGACCUGGUGCUACCAGAAGGGCUUUGGGGUUCUUUCACUUUGGUGUUGUUGGGGGUGGGUUUGGUUUUUUUUUUUUUUUUUUGGGGGGGGGGAUUUUUUUUUUUUAAUUUUUUUUUUUUAGUUUUUUAAUUUUGGGUUGGGUUUUGUUUGCUGGGUUGCGGGCAGCACCAUGUCCAAUUCGGGCUCCCAUCAAGACACUGGGAACAAGGCAGAGACGGAAAAAAGCAACCAAGAUGACUCUCAACCCCCUGUCAGCUCCGAGAGGAGGAACAAAAGUGGAAUAAUAAGCGAACCUUUGAACAAAAGUCUUAAGAAGUCCCGUCCACUCUCCCACUAUUCCACCUUUGGUAGCAGCAGCUCGGUAAGCGAACAUUCAGAGAAAGGCAACCCCUUAGCUAAUGGCAACGAAGCGACUGUGGAUAAAAGUCAUUCUACCUCAAAGCACAAAAACAUCUCUAGUAUGCUGAGCAAAUUAGACCGGGUGUCGGAGAUCUCCGCAGAAGGACAGCUCGCCCUCCAACAGUUUGCUCAGUCGACAGAAAUGCUCAAAAGGGUGGUCCAGGAGCACCUUCCCCUGGCCGGCGACCACGGGACUGGGAUCUCUGACAUGGAGGCGGUCUCAGCCGCAGAGACAAUGAACGGCCCCUCAGAUUUCCCUUACCUGGGGGCUUUUCCCAUCAACCCGGGCCUUUUCAUCAUGACCCCCGCCGGCGUCUUCCUGGCAGAGAGCGCGCUCCAUAUGGCCGGCUUGGCAGAGUACCCCAUGCAGAAUGAGUUGGCAUCUGCCAUCAAUUCGGGGAAAAAGAAACGGAAAAGAUGCGGCAUGUGCCCGCCCUGCCGAAGACGGAUAAACUGCGAGCAGUGCAGCAGUUGUAGGAAUCGCAAAACUGGCCACCAGAUUUGCAAAUUCCGGAAAUGUGAAGAACUCAAAAAGAAGCCUUCUGCAGCACUGGAGAAGGUGAUGCUUCCCACAGGAGCCGCCUUCAGAUGGUUCCAGUAGGAACGGGAAUCCCAAAGCUCUGUCAUCCAAGUGCAAUGUCACUGCUUGCUUGUGUUGUCUCAGGCAAGGGAUUUUUUGGCUGAAAUGAAUGGAUGCACCUGUGUCUCUUUAGAACCAAAAAUAUUUUCUCGCAAAUCUCAUUCCUGUUUUUAUAAUUUUUUUCCUUUUUUUUUUUUCUUUUUCUUCUUUUUUUUUCUUUUUUUUUUGUUCGUUUUAACAUCUUCGAGUCCUAGUCAGGCAUUUAACUGCUUUUCAAAUAAUAAUAAUAAUUAAAAAAAAAAUAAUUAAAAGAAAAAAACAAUGGAUCUGUAAAGUACCAAGACUUAAUAGACAGAGUAUGGACAAUCAGUUUCUUUCUGUGUUUUGGUGUUGAUGUUGUUUAUGUGUGAAAGAUGCAGUACUUGUGUAGGGAAUGUAAAUCUACAGUAACCUUUUAAAAUCUAGUUACUAAUAAGCACUACUGUAAUUUAGCACAGUUGUUUAAUUGCACCCUCAUUUAUACUUUUUAUUUGAUUCUUUCCCAUCAUACAAUAGAGUGGAUAGUUUCUAGAAUGCCUCAACUUCAUGUUUAUAAAUGAGAAUAUGUUUAAAGCGAUGUAGUAUCCCUUUUCCUAGCCAUUCACCUAUGUGAGUUUAACCUGCAAGAGGUUGGGUAUAAAAGGUGGAAGAAAAAACAAUUGCUGCACAACUGGUGGUCAUCAAAAAAAAAAAAAAGAAAAAAGAUUGAAAAAAUUAAAAAGAGAAAAAAAAUAAGGUCACUGUUAGUUCAUUAACAUAGAACAAGAAACACUGAGUACAGAAAAAACCAAACCCAACAACAAACCAAUUCUAAUUGCAAGGGUUUAAUCCUAGAAGUAAUUUUUGUAAACUUACUGAAGUUCAAAUCAAAAAUAAAAAUACUAUUGCAGGACCUGUGCUGAAGCAGUUCUGAAAAGUGAUAUUUCUCUUCUGUUCAACUCCAGCUCUCUCUCCAUCAUUAAAUUGAAAUGCUGUUUGUAAUGUUUUAGCAAUCCAGGCUGUUUUUGUGAAUAAAAUGAAUGCAUGUUUUGUGUCAUGA